CCAGAUCACGCACCCAACCUCACAGACCAAACCACCACACACUCACUCACUCACUCACCAGUGACAGGGCAUCAAAUCAGUCCUCUUGUUUCAGCUUGGUAUUUCAGCCCGAUAUCCCAAAACCUCGAGCAAGACACAUUGCAGCCUAUCCCCCCCUUGUCUCACCACUCCCGAUACCUGACUACCGUGUUUGGGCCUUGACCAGCUAGCUGUUCGGUCGUGGCGCAGCCCUGUUCCAAUCCUUCCAAUCCAUCCAGAUCCCGGCCCAGCUGGCCCUUUUCCCACGCAGUCAGGCACCUGCAUCCGCCCUGCGUCGCUCCCCGAGGCGUCUCGCGCCCCCCGGUACUUUGGCUUCCCCUAUCGCUGAGCCUGACCUCUGUCAAAGCGCCUAGCGCCUUAUCACCUUAUAUCCCAGCCCCGUCUCUUCCUUCCUCUCUUCUUCCAUAUGCCACCCACACUCGAGAAGAUCGAUACCAACCCUCCCCCACCAGCAUACAGAUCGAAGACCGCCAUGACUCCCGUCACCCACAAGCAUUUGUCCGACGAAGAGGUCAAGGCGUUCAAGGACGUCUUUGCUCUGUUCGACAAAGAUGGAAGUGGCACCAUUACGGCGCAAGAACUCGGUGAAAUCAUGAAGUCUCUCGGCCAGAACCCGUCCGACUCAGAGUUGCAGGAUAUGAUCAAUGAGGUCGAUGUUGAUCGCUCCGGCAGCAUAGAUUUUGAAGAAUUCCUCAAAAUGAUGUCCACCACCGUCAAAGCACAAGACUUUGCCCAUGAGACCCGCGCCGCAUUCAACGUCUUCGACAAGGACGGCUCUGGUACCAUCUCUGCCGACGAAUUACGUCAGGUGAUGAAAUCCCUCGGGGAAAACCUGACCGAUGAGGAGAUCGACGAGAUGAUUCGCGAGGCGGACAAGGACAAGAAUGGGACAAUAGAUUAUGAGGAAUUCGUGCAGCUUCUGUCGCCUAAACCAUAAAGGGGGGCUAGAAGAAAGCAGCUGGUCUUUCGCUUUGACGCUGCACAAGAUAUAUCCGCUAAUGGCGGGUAUAAUCCACGUGGCAACGAUGAUAUCCCACGUAUGACUGUUGAGACCGACACCCCUUCCCAGAACAACAACACAACAACACUACUGCACGCUCAUGCCCUCAUACCCCUUCAAUGCAGCCCAGCGUAUUCGAACACGACUUGUCACGCAGCGCUUCCCGGUCACUUUUGAUUUAUCCAAGAUGGAGAGAGGAACGAGUUGGUGAGGCAAGCGGUGGAAAGGGUCUCUUACACCCGUUCUAGAUGAACCUGCUCUCUUUGCUAUGAUGAUAAUGGAACCAAGGGGGGGUUGUCAAAGAUAGCUCCAGAGACUCCCCAGUAGCUAGCUAUGACGGACACGGAAACAGCAUUUGAGCCUGCCAGUCCUUCCCCUCCCCGAGUUCUCAAAGCCUGCCACCGUUUCAUGUGAUCAAUACUAUCUUCUCUCUCGAUUCGGCCCUCUCUCUCUCUCAUUAUGGCCCUAGUUUCGGCUCACGGACUACAACGAACCCCUUCGCUGGCUGAAAAGCGAGGAGAAAGUGGGAAAAAGCGUGGUGGGUGGGUAGGUAGGUAGGUAGGUAGGUCGGUAGGUGCUUCACCGGUCCCGAGACCGAAUUUUGUGA